AAAGAAAUCUCAAACCCAAAAAUUCUAUUAAAAAAAAUAAAAAAUAAAAAUAAAAAUAAAAAUAAAAUAAUAAAAAACCUCAAUUCUCUUCUUAAGCGUAGAACUACCGAAGUUAUGAAACCCUAUUCGUCUUUAAAAUAAAAAUCUCCAUGGCCAUGAUUUCAUGAAAUUUCAGGCCUUUCUGUAUUAAUAUCCUUCACCCAUUAAUUUCUAUACUUUCUUCCUUCUUUUCAACCAAAUUGACAUUUCUCACCUUUUUUUUUUUCAUCAGAUCUGUUUAUUUUUUUCAUCUGGGUAUCUCCCAAAAUAUCAAACCCAAUCCAAAAAAACAAGAACAGAAAACAAUAAUUAUGAUAUUUUCUAAGUUGGGUCGUUCCUUUUCUCGUUCUUCUCGAUCAAGGAAUCUUAUCAAUGGAUGCUACAAAGGGAGGCCAGCGAUUCUUGAUGAAAGUGUAUUAAGAAUUCCAUAUGUUAAUUCCUCUGUAAAUCGAUUUGAUUCUAAUUUAGGGUUUCUGAGGAGUUAUUUGGCUUCAAUUGGAGCUCAAAAUAAAGAUUAUUUAUCUGAUAUUAAAUAUAUGCUUGCAAAUCCUAGACUUUGUAGGUUUUUCUCAAGUGAAGCCCCUAAGAAAAAGAACUAUGAAAACUUUUAUCCUAAGGAUAAGAAGGAAAUACCGAAAACGGAUGAGCAGAAAUCCGAGUCUAAAGAGGAAUCAAACUCAAACACUGAUGAUCAAGGAAAUUUUCAAGAAGCAUUUAUGAAGCAGUUUCAGAAUUUGCUCACUCCUCUUUUGAUGCUCGGGCUUUUCCUCUCAACAUUCUCUUUUGGUCCUCGUGAGCAGCAGCAGAUUAGUUUCCAAGAAUUCAAAAAUAAGGUUCUGGAACCUGGUCUAGUUGAUCAUAUAGUUGUCACCAAUAAAUCAGUCGCCAAAGUUUAUGUGAGGAGCUCACCACGGAAUCAGACAAGCAAUGAUGAAGUACAAGGGCCUACCAGUGGUUCACCUUCAAGAGGUCAGUCAGGCCAGUACAAGUACUAUUUCACCAUUGGAAGUGUUGAAAACUUUGAAGAAAAGUUGGAGGAAGCCCAGGAGGCCUUGGGGAUUGAUCCCCAUGAUUAUGUGCCUGUUACGUAUACGAAUGAAAUGGUCUGGUAUCAGGAAUUGAUGAGAUUUGCGCCUACACUUUUAAUUCUCGGAUCACUUUUAUUCAUGGGUAGGAGGAUGCAAGGCGGACUAGGUGUUGGUGGCACUGGUGGAAGAGGAGCUCGUGGAAUUUUUAAUAUUGGAAAAGCCCAAAUUACAAAAGUGGAUAAGAAUGCCAAGAAUAAGGUGUACUUCAAGGAUGUUGCUGGUUGUGAUGAGGCAAAGCAAGAAAUCAUGGAGUUUGUGCACUUCCUUCAGAAUCCGAAGAAGUAUGAAGAUUUGGGUGCAAAAAUUCCUAAAGGUGCUCUCUUGGUUGGCCCACCAGGGACAGGAAAGACACUUCUAGCUAAGGCAACUGCUGGGGAAUCCGGUGUACCCUUUCUUUCCAUAUCUGGUUCAGAUUUUAUGGAGAUGUUUGUUGGUGUUGGACCAUCCAGGGUAAGAAACCUAUUCCAGGAAGCAAGACAAUGUGCACCUAGUAUUAUUUUCAUUGAUGAGAUUGAUGCUAUUGGCCGGGCUAGAGGACGUGGAGGGUUUUCUGGUUCUAAUGAUGAGCGAGAAAGCACUCUCAAUCAGUUGCUUGUUGAGAUGGAUGGUUUUGGAACUACCACUGGAGUGGUGGUUCUUGCUGGAACAAAUAGGCCAGAUAUAUUGGAUAAAGCUUUGUUGAGACCUGGUCGAUUUGAUCGCCAGAUCUCCAUUGACAAACCUGAUAUUAAAGGCCGGGAACAAAUCUUUCAGAUUUACUUGCAAAAGGUUAAACUUGAUCAUGAACCUUCAUACUACUCACAAAGGCUUGCAGCACUUACACCUGGCUUUGCUGGAGCAGACAUAGCAAAUGUUGUUAAUGAAGCUGCAUUGAUUGCUGCAAGGAACGAGAAGACAGUGGUUACUAUGGAUCAUUUUGAAUCAGCUAUAGAUAGAGUUAUUGGUGGCCUAGAGAAGAAAAACAGGGUAAUAAGCAAGCUUGAACGACGGACUGUUGCUUACCAUGAAUCAGGUCAUGCUGUUGCUGGGUGGUUCCUAGAACACGCAGAGCCGUUGUUGAAAGUCACAAUAGUUCCCCGUGGAACAGCUGCUUUAGGAUUUGCACAAUAUGUUCCAAAUGAAAAUCUUCUUAUGACCAAAGAGCAGCUUUUUGACAUGACUUGCAUGACCCUGGGUGGCCGAGCAGCUGAACAGGUUCUGAUUGGUAAAAUAUCGACGGGAGCUCAGAAUGACUUGGAAAAGGUGACCAAAAUGACAUAUGCCCAAGUUGCAGUCUAUGGUUUCAGUGACAAAGUGGGUCUUCUCUCGUUCCCCCAAAAGGAGGAUGGCUUUGAAAUGUCAAAGCCCUACAGUAACAAGACUGGUGCAAUCAUCGACGAAGAGGUCAGAGAGUGGGUUACCAAGGCAUACAAGCGAACUGUUGAAUUGAUCGAGGAACACAAGGAGUCUGUCGCUAAAAUUGCUGAACUGUUGCUUGAAAAAGAAGUCCUCCAUCAAGAGGACUUGCUUAAAGUUUUAGGUGAACGUCCUUUCAAGUCCGCGGAGCUCACAAACUAUGAUAGGUUCAAACAAGGUUUCCAGGACGAAAGUGACAAAACUAGCCAGGAAACUGAGAAACGGACGUCAGAGGAUGAGGGAUCUUCGCCUCUUAUACCAGAUGUGGUCCCCACAUAGUAUUUAGAAACGCUUUCUUUUGUGUUGUAUAUGGGUUAUAUUUCUCUUGUUCGUUGAAAAGGUGUAUAAUGAAAUUUUUCGCAUUGUACACUCUUAGAUAUCUUAUUUCUUCAAUGAGAUAAAUUUGGUGUUUGCUGCUGACCUUCUUCACCA